CGGAAGAAACGGCAUGCGGCUCCGUCACGGUGCUUACAAAGUUGAUGUGUAAUUAUCCGAGGUGUGAUUAAUUGGACUGUGCUUUUUCCGCGGAUAUAUUAUAGUUAUAGUACUGUUUGUCUAUAUGAAACGUCGUGAAGCAGCGAGCAGCAUCUGCUUGUGGAAGAAAGCGUUGCUCACUCGGUGUUAAAAAUGCUUUCCGUGAAAGCGAGUCGCGCCGCGUUGUUGGUGUCGAGACAGACACUACUACUAGUUGGGCGGCUCUUGCUGCAGUCGAGUGCGGAGGCGGGAGGCCCACAGGUGAUCCGGGUUCCGCGCAGGCUGCAGGAGCGCGCGGAGAACGUGAAGCAGGCGAGACGCCCCAGAACCGCCAUGGUGAGCACGGUCCGGGCCGGGAAGCUGCUCAUAAAAAGCAAGAACCCCCAGCUGAACCAGUCGGCAGCUUACACGUUGGGCAAGUUUGAGGAGCCAGUGCUGGCCUCCAAGGGAUGGAAGCACAAGAAGUCCUUCGGGGAUUAUUUCACCAUCAACUCCACACAGGAUCUCCCCCCCUUCCUGACACGGCGGUGCCCGGAGCAUCCGGGGCACGAGGACCCCAAGCAGCCCAUCACGUUUCAGUCCUUGAAACUCUGUCCUGAGAUGAUAGAGCUCCUGCGGAACGACGGCAUAGUUCAGCCGACCACGGUCCAGCUGCAGGCCGUCCCCAAGCUCCUGCGCGGUCACAACCUGCUGUGUGCCGCCGAAACGGGAAGUGGCAAAACGCUGAGUUAUCUUCUUCCUGUUAUUGAGAAACUGAAUAAGGAUCGUGGGGUGCCUGAAUUGCACGACUUCGAGCCCCACGUUCGCAGCGUAGUACUCGUACCUUCCCGGGAGCUGGCGGAGCAGGUGGCGUCCGUGGCGAAGGUGUACGGCGGCCCGUUUGGCCUGAAGGUCAAGGUGGUGGGUGGCGGAAGGGGUGUCGGCAAGAUCAAGGUGGCCUUCGCUGGUGGGGCGCCGGACAUUGUGGUCGCCACGCCUGGCGCUCUCUACAAAGCCUUGAAAAGAUGUUACUUGAACAUGGAUGAGCUGAGCUUCUUGGUGAUCGAUGAGGCUGAUACCAUGUUCGACCCGAGCUUUGCCGGCCUGCUUCAAAGCAUCCUGGCUCACGCCCGGGUGGCGUCCGACCCUUCGGAGACGGUCGGCCCGUGCCGCAAGGCCCAGCUGGCGGUGGUGGGAGCAACAUUUCCCGGAGGAGUCGGGGAAGUGCUUGGUCAAGUGACGGACCUCGGCAACAUGGCCGUGAUUAAGAGCCAGAUGCUGCACUUCCUCAUGCCUCAUGUGAAGCAGAUGUUCCUGAAAGUGAGAGGGGCGGACAAGCUGCUGGAGCUCCACGAAGCACUGAAGGCUGCACAGGAAGGCACGGGCAUCCUGGUGUUCUGCAACGGGUCAGCCACGGUCAAUUGGUUGGGCUACGCGCUGGAGGACCUGCGCAUGCGCCACGUGCGUCUCCAGGGGGAAAUGCCAGCCUCCAUGCGGGCGGGAAUCUUCCAGGCCUUUCAGAAGGGGCUGGUGGAUGUGCUGGUGUGUACCGACAUUGCCUCCCGUGGCCUGGACACGCAGCGGGUUGGACUGGUCAUCAAUUACGAUUUCCCCACAUCUCAUACAGACUACGUUCACCGGGCGGGGCGUGUGGGCCGGGCUGGCAGCAGUUCUUGCGGUGCCGUCCUCAGCUUUGUCACUCACCCCUGGGACGUGGAGUUGGUGCAGUCGAUCGAGACGGCCGCCAGAAGGAGGACGAGCCUACCUGGGAUGGAAUCGGCCAUCCGUGAACCUGCGCCCAGGAUGGAUUCCAACGAGCACCCGUGAACGUGUGUCACGUGACAUUUCUGAUUUGUCUUUAUGUUCUGUUCACCAGUAUCUACCUGCUCAGUAAGAAUGAGAGUAUUUGCUAAGAAUGUUUGCUAUUUGUUAUAUGUUUUUUACAAUAAAAUUGCACAGAAGAAAUAUUGCUGAAGCACCUUCAGCAUAAGUGCUCAGUGCUACCGUUU